UGAGAUUCCGUAGUCCAUCCUGUUAACCUCGUGGUUUGCCGUAGAAAUCUCAAGGUAAUUUCAAAGACCCUCUGCUCGGCUAAUACUAAAAGAAUCAUUUAGCACCGAAUAAAAUGAGCGGAAAGAAAGCCGAUGGGAAAUCGGGCGGCGUCAUGGGCUGGAUAAGCACAGCUUGCCAUUUUGCAGCGGACAGAAAUGACUUUAGAAGGAAUCUCCUUGUAAACCUGGGUUUAUUUGCUGCGGGUGUUUGGGUCGCAAGAAACCUCUCAGAUUUCGACCUAAUGUCUCCUCAGCCAAUUACGUAGCUCCCGAUCAACAACUACAAAAAAA